AUGUCCGACCACUCUACACUCCUGUAUCGUUCAAUCGACGAAGAGACACACACUUGUUCUACCGCUACCACGACGCCUUCAUCUUCAUCUUCGUCAGUUUCUACCGCUGCUGCGACGUCUUCGUCUUCGUCGGUUGCUGCCAAUCUGCUCGUGACAUCGACGUCCGAGUCGAGUUCGACAAGUACGAGUACGAGCCUCUCGACCUCCGUUUCGAUCACGACGUUCACGGAUGGAGGAUCGUUCACGAGCACGAUCAUCUUCAAUGAUCCGCUUUCCACGGGGACCGGUAUCGACUCUGGCGCGAGCGAUGCUAGCUCUAGUUCUACGUCUACUUCUUCCGCGUCCACUCCUACAUCUGCAUCCACCGACACCGCUGGUACGAGCACGAGCACGAGUAUAUCGUCAAGCUCGACCUCGACCUCAAUUCCUGUGGCUUCUACCCCCGCUGGCCUCAAUGCGUCCUCCACUACUUCAUCAUCGUCUUCAUCGUCUUCGUCAUCGUCAUCUUCAUCAUCGUUAUCUUCAUCGUCAUCUCCAUCGUCUUCAUCGUCCACGACAUCAUCUUCGUCCUCUUCUUCGUUUUCUACAUCCUCAGUCACGACCUUCCCUUUCUCAUUUUCUUCUUCCGCCGUCUUCGGCACCCCUGCUCCCGCUCCUACAUCCACGCAAGUAACUCCAACGUCUUCAUCAACUUCUAUCGCGGUGGCUUCGAGUGUUGCGGGGUUGGAUGCUGCGUCGUCUUCGUCAUCUUCCACAUCCAUCAUCUCAACCCAAAGCUCGCACAACUUCGCCUCGACGCCGACGCCGACGAGCAUCGACACAGUAGCAACAAGCUUGGUUCACAGUGUCAGUGUCAGUGCCAGUGCGUCUUCAUCUGCGGCGGCGGCGGGAGCGAGUGGGUCGAGUUCUGUGAAUGCGGCGGAUUCGGGGAGUUCGAUCUCGAAACAAAAAGUCGCAACCAUCGCCGGCUCCGUCUCCGCCUCCAUCGUCAUCCUCGGGCUCCUCCUCUCCCUCCUCUUCUUCACCCGCCUCCGACACCGCCUCCCUUUCUUCUCCUCUCGAUCUUCCCCCUCCUCUUCCUCUUCCUCUUCAUACCCCUCGUCCUCCUUCCGCUUCAAAUCCAUCAUAUCACGCAUCAGACUACCCUUCCAGCUAAGAUCCCUCGGCUCCCGCGUGAAACUUCCUUUCUUCCACGCCCAUUCGCAUGCAGGCUACGGUUCGACCGACGAACGCUUCCUCACCGAAAACUUAUGGACCCGGCGCGCGAACUCGCCCUCUGGAUCAGGGGGAUCGGGCGCGCACGGGCGAUCCGGCUCGGAUGGUAGUAAUGCGAGUUUUGGGUCGAGGGACGUGCAUCACGGUAACAACAACAACGUCCUCACCACCACCACGUCGAACGGGAACGGGAACGGGAGUGGAUCGCAGCCGAUGAUGCAACAACGGACACAGACAGGGACAGGGACAGGACCAAGAAUGCCUUCCUACGUCGGUCUUCCCCCCCUCGCGUCCCUCCCGCAGAAAUUCCAGCGAGACAGUUCGAUGUCGGGUCCGAGCGCGACGGGGAGCGCGUAUUAUGAGGGUUCGCCGAGGAAUACGUUGCUUGUGAACGUGCGGGGGAUGGAUGCGAACGGGAAUGCGAAUGGGAGGGUGGCGAGUCCGUUGUUGCCUAGUCCUGCGUUUCCGGUGAGAGUGAGGGAGAGGGAUAGGAGGAGGGCGAGUGGGAUUUCUGUGGAGAUAGUGGGUGGGCCUGUGUAUGGAGGGUAUAACGAGAAUCCAUUCGAGGAUAGUCGGAAUAUUCUCAACCUCGACGCCACCGCCACCGCCACCGCCAACGCCGAUCCAUUCGCGAACCCACCUGGGACCGUACCCUUCUCGUACUCACAGCAGCAGCCCUUGUCAUCGUCAUCGUCAUCGUCGGCGGCACAGGGUAGUGCUAAUGCCCGACGAGAAACGAACACCUCCCUCCCCUCAGCCUACGCCGUCCUCGGCCCCACAUCCCCCGCUCUCUCCUGGGAUCCGAUCCCCAUUCCAUUCGAAGCCGAAGGACGCGCCGUGCCGUCUACCUAUUCUGGCUCGAUGUACGCGCGGGAUAAUCAUCUGUCGAUAUCGAGGCAGAGCUCGAGGGCGUCGACUUGGUCUAGUUAUAGUGGGGGUGCGGGUGCGGGAGGAGGAGGAGGAGGAGGGCAGAACGGGAAGACGAGUCCGGCGGGGGAUAGGGUUAUGCCGGUUUGGGAUGAGGUGGCGGUGAGGAGGGGUGUGUCGCCGAGCAGAGGGAACGCGAAAGGGGAGAGCGUGUAUGGGGGGAUCGGGGCGGGAGAGGGUCAGGGGCAGAGGAGGGUUAGUCGGAUGACUAGUGGGGGGAGCGGGGAUUAUGAGGUUUGGAGAGGGAGCGAUGUGUCGUCUGCGAGGGCUUUGUGA